AUGGAAGGGUUGAAUAUAGCAUUAAAGGAAGCAGUGGUCAAAGGUGUCUUUCAAGGUAUAUCUAUUCCAAAUUCUGAUAUUAAAGUAUCACAUCUAUUCUACGCGGAUGAUGCCCUAUUCAUUGACGAAUGGUCUAGCCAAAAUAUUAAAAAACUCGCGAGGAUUCUCAAAUGCUUCCAAGUGUCUUUCAGCUUAAGAGUUAACUUUAAUAAAUCGAAAGUUUUUGGCAUAGGUGUUAAUUCUCAAGAUGUUGAAAAUGGGGCCUUACCGUUAGGAUGUGAGCCUAGUGCACUGCCAUUCACAUACCUUGGGAUACCAGUGGGGAUGAAUAUGAACAGUAAAAGCUCUUGGAACCCGAUACUUGAAAAACUCAUAAAUAAACUUUCUAGAUGGAAGGCAAAGACCUUGAGCUUUGGUGGGAGGGUGACUCUAGCAAAGGCAAUUUUGGGUAACCUCUCCACAUUUUAUUUAUCAUUGUUUACUGCUCCAUCGGGGGUUAUUGAGGCUAUAGAGAAAAUCAGGAGAAAUUUCAUAUGGGAAGGUCCAGAAAAUGAAUCAAAAAUUAAAUGGGUGGCCUGGGACAGAAUUAUAGCACCUAAGGAGGUGGGUGGCUUAGGUCUCGGUUCCAUAAAGGCUUUGAACCUAGCUUUGUUAGCAAAAUGGAAAUGGAGAAUUGUCAACGAAUAUGACUCAUUAUGGGUUAAGAUCAUAAAGGGUCUACACAGUCUUGAUAUGAUUCAGCCUAGUCAGAUAUCUUCCAGGUACCUAAGCGAAGUUUGGCGGAACAUUGAUAAAUGUAAAAAUGCUCUUGGUAAAUUUUCCAUUGCAGACACGAAAGUGAUUCGAUGGAAACAGGUGGAUACGGGAUGGGACUCAAACUUUGUGUUUGAUGGGAAAUUUAGAUUCGUUGCUCUAAGAGGAAAGAUCGAGCGGGUAGGUCAUUGGAUACCUGAUGGAGCCUUCAUGUGGUGCAACUGGAUCCCGUUCAAAGUGAGUUGUUUUGUGUGGAGAGCAAGGCUGGAUCGGAUUCCAUCAAUGAACGCUCUUAUUACGCAAGGAGUACAGAUACAGACAUUAAACUGCAAUGCUUGCAUCUCAGAUACUGAGUUCACAGAUCAUAUGCUGAUCACGUGCCCGUUUGCAGAUACAAUUUGGAACCGGGUCUGGAAUUGGUGUGGUAUCAUGUCUCACCAACUAACCAAUAUUAAGGAGAUCCUAAACUUUGCAGCAGAUUGUGGACAUCCCCCAAGAAAAGAGGAGAACAAUGAAUGCAGUCAUUUUUGGUGCAUUAUGGGGUAUUUGGAAAGCAAAAAAUGA